AUGAUCCGGUACAACGUCCUGUUGUUGUUGCUGUUGCUUAUUUUUGUCACCGUCGUUCAGUGUAUCGAAAAUUUUGAACUGGAUUUUUCGGUAAGCUCAGUAACCUGUCGAGAAUGUGUGGAAUUCACGAAAAAUGUGGAUAAGGAAGCAACACUGUCGUGCAGAUCACAUUCCAAACUAUGUACCGGCAACGCUUGUUUUAUGAGACAAUGCCAGAAUUGCCCGGUUUACAAUUAUGUAGCUGGAUGUUUGAAGCUUACAGAAUGGCAGUUGUUAGAAAUAGCACAAGCACGACUGGCAGCUGAGCUUGUCAUCUCUCGUGUUGGUGCAAUUCUGUUGUGCGAAAAUUCGGGAAAUCAAACAACAUGUUUGUGUAACCGAAAAGACAAAUGUAACGACCUCUAUAUACGUGUACCGUAUACCACUUUCAAAGGUAUUUACUUAGAAACCUGUUCCAUUACUGCUUUUCUUUCUUUUAUUUUCUUUUUCUGUUUUGUUCAUUUUGCCGAACAAUAG